GCAUCCAUAACCAUGUCACAUUCCAGAUCUGCGUCUAAUACUGUUUUCUCCCCCGACGGAGGCGUCGGUGGUCCGGGCCCAGCGCUCAAUCCUCAUGCAAAACCUUUCGUCUUUGGGACUUCUCAUACUCGACCUGGCUCGUUUGCCUCGAACCCGCUCUUCCCUAGCUCGCCGCCCAGCGUGGCUCAACAAAACCCUUACCCCACACCGUCAUCCAUCACGAUGCAUGGAAAGCAAGCCUCCAUUCCGCGACUCAAUGCGCAAGCAGCCGAGUUUAAGCCCACAUUCUCGGUACCCAUCGACAUGCCCGGCCAAGGUUUCACGUUCCAACCUCCGCCACAGGCACCUUCACUCACCUUCGAUCUCCUGGACCAAUCAACAAGGGUUGUAGACUCUGUAGAUUCAGAAAAUGAAGAUGAUCGGGCCGCUCAGGGUCGCGAGAAACGAAGACGGCGGACUGGAGAAUCCGACGAAGAAGAUCCCGAGUCUUCCGAAGACGAUGAUGAAGAUGACGAUAAGGAGAAUGAAUCUGUGCCUGAGGAGAGCGAUGACGGCAACAAGAGGCAGCGGCUAGCUGGCUUCCAGUUUCCUCCACCACAACUACCACCACCGGCCCAUUUGCAGUCUAGCCCAUUCAGCCGCCGGAUGACAUUAGAACCAAUCUCCACCGACUUCAUUUUUGAGUCGCCCAAUUGGAGUGCACGCGCCUCAGCCCCCGCGCUCAUGCCUGUGCCGUCCAUCGCGACUGAUCCUGAGCCUUUGCCCAGAAUGCCGCAUAGCGCCUCCAUCGCCGCGGAAUUCAAUCAUCCCAUUUUCACAACCAAGGUGCCAGCAUCUUUAUUCAAGGCUCUGAACGCAUAUGGCUCGGACAACGACAGUCGUGGCAAGCGGUCACGCGUCCAUUCCAGCAGAGACUUUUUGACCGAUGAGGACGAUCUCAAUGAUGAGCUGUCUGAUUCAAAUGCAGCUCUGUUUGUGUCUAACUUGGUUGACUCUACAACCGUUGAAGCAAGCUCAAUUGGUCAGUCACGUACUCUGGAAAUGGCCAUACAACAAGUGCCGAUGUCAUAUGCUGCGGGAUUGGUGGCUCCCUCGCAUGCCGUUCAUCGAGCAUCAUCGAUGCCUCACAUGCGUACACCUUCGCCAGGUCAAGAUUCCCAAGCUGUACUUUCUAGUUCUGCGCCUGUCACAGUAGAGCAGAUGGAAGAGCUCGAGGAACGCAUUAGCUCAUUCCUCACCCAGAAGAUGGGUACAUUGACGGAGGUACUCACCGGUGUUCUUGCUGGCCAAGCAUCUCCAGCGCGACCCACAGAUAGUCCAGCUUUCGAUGUGGAUGCCCUGGUUCAGAAGGUGGCCGAAGCUGUCGAAUCGCGCAUGCAGGAUAAUUUGCCUCUUGGAUUGCACGCCCGGUCAUCCUCCCUCGAUCUCGGAAAUUCACAGCUGGAGAUCUUAAGAAAGACAAUGGCGGCGCAAUAUGAAAACUUCCGCCAGCAUUUGGUGGAAGAUCUUGCCGAAGUCUGCCGUGAGACGCUUGCAACACGACCUGCUGAGUGGCAGCAAACUUCCGAUGAUACCCCUAUUCUUGAGGCAGCCUUAGCCCGAACUGAAGAGACGAUAACAUCAACAAUGUCCGGUUUCCGCGACUUGCUCAGCAAUUCCAACAAUCUUGCUGGUGCUCGAACUGACGAUGAUCGGGAGCUCUUGCUGUCUGAACUGUCGGCAAUGGUUCUUCCCCAAAUCGCCUCCCUUCGGGUUGAGCCCUUAGAUGUCGACGUGCUCACCGAACAGUUGUCAGAAGCCGUCAAGCCACACAUCUCACAACUAAUUGAUCUUGCAUCCGACAAGAAAGAGACCGCUGGCCUGAUUGUGCAGCGCCUCGGACCUAUCUUAUCUUCCAUGAUGCCGGCACCCCUAGAUGUUAACGCUAUCAGCGAGCAAAUGGCUGGCUAUGUGGAACGCCUCAUGCCUCCUCCGUUGAAUGUGAAGGCACUGAAGAAGGAUCUUGUAGAAGGCUUGACCGAGGUGGUGCGAACCCAACUUGCGGGAGCUUUCGAAAAGCAGAAAUUGGAGGAAAUCGUUCCGCAGCUAAAGGACCAUCUCCAGCCUGUCCUGGCAUUGAAGGAAUUAGUUCCCACCGCAGGCACGUUCGACAAUCUUGUCGUAAAACAAGAGGAACUCUACAUACAGAACAAGUCCUCCAUAGAAUCGACCAAGCAACUGCACACAAGUCUAAGAUCCAUGCCCGAACAGCUGUCGGUCGCCAUCGAGUCUCUCGACGAGAUGCGCGCACAACUCGCAAAAGGCGCCCAAGCGCUGGGAGAAAUUCGAAAUCUGGGGAAACUCGCUACCGAAAACGCUGAUCUGCAGCAACAGCUGGCUGAAGCCUCGCGAUCAGCUGUGGUUUUCCAGGGCGAAAAAGUGGCCCUCGAGAGUGCUGUGGCGUCAGCACAGUCCCAGCGAGAUACAGCCUCUUCUGAACUCCGCGAAUUGCGCAUAGAGCUAGAAAGCUGGAAGAUCCGUGCCUUGGAUAACAAAACGCUGCGGGACGAUCUUGAGAAGCAGGUUGCCGAGAAAGAAGUCGAAGUGAUCGCCGCGAAGUCUGCGACUGCUUCGAGUCGUGAGAAGGUGGCUCAGGUAGAGGCAGACAAGAAUGAUGUGCUGGAGAACAACCUUCGUCUGAAGGCUCAGAUAUCUAAAUUGGAGCGGGAAGCCUCCAGUGCAUCUAAGGAGGUAGAGGUCCUCAGGGAAAAGGUAUCCCACUUGGAAAAGAGCCGUGAGGAAGCCCGCGCGGAACAAACACACUGGGAUGAGAUCCGCCGAACGGCUCAGCAAGUUGAACAGCUGACCAAAUUGAUCAGCGGUGCAGAUGACGAAGAGCUGCAAGAGCUCCGUCGGCAGCGCGAUCGUGCCAAGGUGAUGGAAGGAGAGUUUGCAGCGUUGAAGAAACGGUUCGACGAACAGGAAACGAAGCUCGCCAACCUGCAGCGUAACGCAAUCACUUCGAAGAACAGCAUUGCACAAGUCCAGCAGCGCUCGACUGAGUGGGAGAAGAAAUGGCACACUGCUGAGACAGAGCUCGCGCAGGUCAAGUCGGAACGGGAGACGAGUGAGCAGCUCAUUCGACAGCUCGAGACGGAGAAGCAGAUGUUGCGACGUCAAUUGGAUGAUGGAGACCGCCGUGAAACGGAAUAUCAGAUUGAGCAAAGCAGCCUCCAGGCUGAGGUGCAGCAGCUCCAGCAAAAAGUAGAUUUCUAUUCUGCAAGUGAACAAAACCGGUUCUCUCGGUCUGCUUCGCGUGCUUCCGCAAACGGCCAUUCGGGAUACGUGAACGCGCCCUUCCCCUUCCGGGCAUCAACCAGCAUGUCAUCGGACGACACCGCGUUCUCCUUUAUCGAGCCUCCGGAACGCGACUCUCUGCCCACACCGCGCGGCACCAGCCCGCCUCUGCAGGGCCUCUGGGCGUCGAUACAUGCCCCGCGGCAGUCAGAACCUGAGCGGGCGACGACUCCCAAGGCUGUGCCCAUUGCACCGAGCUUUGCACGGUCGUUCUCCAUGAGGCAGAACAACCGCAGUGCUUCGCCUGCAUUAAGCAGUGUGAGCGUUGCCCCAACGGAAGGCGACGACGGGUGGUGGUCAUGACCGCCGCUUUCUCAUCCUUCCGCAUCCUUCUGGUCAUAUUAGCCUUAGCCACUCCUUGAUCGGUUCUCUCUGUUCUUCUUAUCUUCUUCACACGCUCGCUACCCUGGUUCAGCUUGGCAUUCUUGCGCUACCCUCACUGUUUUAUAUCAACCAGCUCUGCUCUCUUGAUAUGUCGUUGUCCUGUUUGUCGGAUAUAAUAAGUCUUGACUU